AGAAAAUCUCGUCGUCUAUCUUUUCCUUUCUCAACAUUUAUGUCCCCAGUUUUUGUUGCUCACCUCAAGCAACACUAUUAUUAGUAUGACACAAAAUCAAAUCCUAGUGAAUCUUAUAAUUAGCUAAAAUCGCAUAUAUCCCUCUUCCCUCUUUUGUUAAAUUUUUUUUCACUACAUACAUAAAAAAUUGGACAACUUUUUCCAUAGCAUUCAAGUGACCUAGUUUCUUCUAAUUAGAAAAGAGAAGAUGGACAAGAAAUUAGGUUUAGAAGUAAUGGAAGGAGGUGGAGAAGUGAAGGAGGAAAAAUUACCUGCCGGGUAUCGGUUUCAUCCAACGGAUGAGGAGCUCAUCACAUGCUACCUAAUCAACAAGAUUUCAGAUUCAAAUUUCACAGGACGAGCAAUUGGAGAUGUCGAUCUCAACAAAUGCGAGCCUUGGGAUCUUCCAGGGAAGGCGAAAUCGGGAGAAAAGGAGUGGUACUUUUUCAGCCUACGUGACCGGAAAUACCCGACAGGCGUGCGCACAAACCGGGCCACGAACAGUGGGUACUGGAAAACGACUGGAAAAGACAAGGAGAUAUACAACAGCAACACGUCCGAGUUAGUUGGGAUGAAGAAGACAUUGGUGUUUUACAAAGGACGAGCGCCCAGAGGAGAAAAAAGUAAUUGGGUCAUGCAUGAAUAUCGCAUUCACUCUAGAUCAUCCGCGUUUAGAAACAUGACCAAGCAAGACGAGUGGGUGGUGUGCCGAGUAUUUCAAAAAAGCGCUGGAGUCAAAAAAUACCCUUCAAACAACCAGUCUUCAUCGAGAGCAAUCCUGAUGAGCCCCUACACCUCCUUAACCCUCCCCCAAAACCCACUCCAAACAGUACACCAACCGCUUUUUCAUCAUCAAUCCACGGACCUCAACAACUUAUUCGAAAUACAACAACUCAACAAGGCCAUAAUGAGCGACCUCCCGGCGGCCCCACCUCAUAUAAACUUGUACAAUGGAGGAGAGAACAGCAAUGGCUGUUUCACCAUCUCCGGCCUCAACCUCAACCUCAGGGCCACCUCAGCUCAGCCGCUCGUGCAGCAAGACAUGAGUGUGCAGGCCACUGAUCAUAAUAAUGGUGCUAAUAGGUUUGUGGUUAUGGAUCAGUGUGCUGACCUGGAUGCUUACUGGCCUUCCAAUUCCUACAUGGGAAAUUAAUUAAAUUGGUGGGAGUAAGGAGUGUUUGUUUGUGAGGUAGGUGUUUGUGAUUUUUUUAUUUUGGUAAUGUAUUUUUGGUUUAGCUGUAUUUGAUGAAGGGUACUUGUUGCUUGUUGUUUAAGUUUGGGUCUUGAUUUUGGCUGUCCACUGAAAAACUUUUGUGUGGAUUGCAUGCAUGUUUAUAUUAUCUGGAUGGAUAGAAACUUUAUCAUCUCAUUUAUAUUACUUGACGCAUUUUAC